UCUCUGCACCUUUCUUAGGAAUUUGUUUGCUCUGCCUCCUUCCUCAUUAUCAAACAACCAUAAAUUGUAAACUUUGCCUAACCUGGUUCAUUGUCUUGCUGAGAAAGAGAAAGAUGGCAGACUCUUCAGAGGACGCUCCGCUGGCCACCGGCAGCCUGGCAGGCAGCGAGGAGGCUCUGGUUCAACCUGCAACAAUCAGAGGAGGCUCCAACAGCCGUGCGCUGAAGGUGGCCGGACUCACGGUUCUGACAUGUUUACUCCUGGCCAGUCAGGUCUUCACUGCGUACAUGGUUAUCAGCCAGAAGCAGCAGAUCCAUUCCCUGCAAAAGAACUCUGAUCGAAUGAGCAAGCAGAUGAUCCGCUCAGUUCAGGUUCCAAUGAAGAUGCAUAUGCCAAUGCACAGCUUGCCACUAAUGAUGGAUGUCGCCCUUGAUGACACCGAGCCAUCAAACACACCGCCCUCAGAGCCAAAGAGCACUAGUUUGGAUAAACCAGAGAAGUGUGUAGAAAAACAAGUGAAGGAGUUCUUGCAUGAAAGCAAACUGCCGAAGUUCAACAGCACCUUCCUGGACAACCUCUACAGCCUGGAGAAGCAGCUGAACCAGACCGCCUGGAAGUCCUUCAGAUCCUGGCUGCUGAACUGGCUGAUCUUCCACAUGGCCCUGGAGAAGCAUCCACAUCCCACUCCUGACUCAGUCAUGACCAAAUGCCAGGUUGAAGCGGCCAUUUCAUCCAAACGGCUUGGAGACUACAAGCCCCAGUGUGACGAGCAGGGCCGCUACAAACCCAUGCAGUGUUGGCACAGCACUGGCUUCUGCUGGUGCGUAGACAAGGAUGGGAAUCGCAUUGAGAAAACAACCAUGCGUGGUCAACCUAAAUGUCAGAGAGUUCCAGGCCGCAUGUUGGGGGCUCCCAUGAUGCCACUGAAGAUUCUUGCUGAUGAAGAGUGAAUAAAGGGGCCACUGAUGCUUCUCUCAAUCAAGAAAUCAUGCUCACGAGGGAUCAGUUGCACAGCGCUAGAUAUUGACUUGCUUCAUGCAUCUGUUCAUUGUUGAUUUAUUCACUUUCUGAAAAGAAAAUAAACAUCUUACUGUUAAAUAAAAAAAAUCUGAGGUUAAAUGGUAUUGAAUGUUUCAGAUAUGCUUAUGACGACCCUGUCUGCCUUCACAGCAUUUGUAGUGACAUCCUUAUUGACUUGAGCAAAAAACAAUUAAAGAAACUUCAAGAAAAUGAAAAAAUGGGUGUAUAUGAUAAACUCAGUGGUUGUAAAUCUACACCUGAUAUAAACACAAUUUAAUAAAUGAUCCAUGGGGUUGAUGUGUGAGAGUGAUGUUGAUGGAUGACAAUCAUCUGAUGUUCAGGAUCCUCUUUGUAUAUGCUAAAUGUCGCUGACUUAAAACACAUAUACAAAGUACUGAAACAGAUUUAUAACUUUUGGCAUGGCUGAAACAUUGAAGCUCUAUCAUUUAACCUGAAGGAUUUUUGUUGUUUGAAAUAUAGGAUGACUUAUUACUCAGUUUCCACCUAUGCGCCUAUAAUCUGUUGAAUAUUUCUUGUUAGAUGAAAUCAUAUCACUAUAGGCCUGUUACUUUUUUUUUUAAAUGAUACUUAUUUUGGGUGUACUGAUAUUUACGUCUACAUUGUGACAUAACCGAUGGCUGCGAUUGUUAAAUGUUUAACCAUGGUCUGCAUGUAUGGGGAAGUAAUUCUCAAAGGCAUCAGACAGAUUUGGGAAUAAAGCUUUCUGAGCAGCACUGAUUACU